AUUAGGGGCUUUAAUAAAAAAAGUAAGCAUAGAGUGGUAAGAGAUUGGAUGAAGCAGGGAAAAUUUGACUUUGGUUGUUUGAUAGAAACAAAAGUAAAAGAAGGAAGAGCUGAACGGAUAGUUAAUUCAGUGUUUAAAGACUGGUCUUUACUCUCAAAUUAUGAAGAUCAUCGAUUAGGCAGGCUAUGGCUAGUGUGGAGGAAUAAUGUAAGGGUCACUCCGCUUUAUAAGACCUCACAGCUCAUCACUUGCUCAAUAUACAUAGAAGGAAGAAAAGAAGAAUUCUUUGUCUCUUUCAUUUAUGCCUCAAACUUUGCUGCUGAAAGGAAAACUCUUUGGAAUGACUUACGAUACCACCAUGAAUCUCCUCUGUUUCAAGAUAAAGCUUGGCUUAUAUGUGGAGAUUUUAAUGAGAUAUUGGAGGGGGAUGAUCAUUCUCUGUAUGAUUCUUCACCAUUUAUACCACCAGGGAUGCGGGAUUUUCAGGACCUAGUGAGACACUGUGAACUUACUGAUUUGAGUUAUCAAGGCCAGAGAUUCACAUGGUGUAAUAAAAGACAUGAGGGAGUAAUAUGUAAAAAGUUGGACAGAGUUUUAGUGAGCAGGAAAUGGACGCAGCAGUACGGGCAAUCGUUUUCAGUUUUUGAACCAGGAGGCUGCUCAGACCACUUGAGAUGUAGAUUUUAUAUAUCUGAAGAGGCGAAGAGGGUAAAACGACCAUUUAAGUUUCUGAAUACAGUGACGACAGAUGCUGGAUACCACAAAGAACUAGAGGAGAGCUGGAAACUAUCCCCUCCACUCUUCCACUCCACGUCCGCAAUUCAUAGGCUAUCUAAGAAAUUGAAAGGGCUGAAACCACAACUAAGGAGGAUGGGAAAACAGGUUGUUGGUGCCAUAUCAAUUCGGACUAAGGAAGCUUACAAGACACUUUGUGACUUGCAGGAAGCGACAAUGUCUGCUCCAUCAACGCAAACUGUUAAUGCGGAGGCUGAUGCAUAUGAAAAGUGGAAGAGACUGUCGGAAAUUGAGGAGGGUUAUUUGAAACAAAAGGCAAAGCUCCAUUGGAUGAACACGGGUGACCAGAAUAAUAAAGCCUUCUACGCAGCAGCAAAAGUCCGGGAAAUUAGAAACAAUAUACGAGAGAUUCAGUGUGAAGAUGGAACAAUUGCAGGGACUCAAGAUAGCAUUAAGGCUGAGGCAGAGAGAUACUUCAAGGAUUUUCUAUCCCUGAAACCUGCAGCUUAUACGGAAUGGUCAAGGGAGGAGCUUGAAAACAUUCUGAAUUUUAAAUGUGAUGAAGACGACAAGCAAAUGCUCACAAAUGAUGUGUCGGAGGAGGAAACGAUUUGAUGGUUUUUGUCGAUGGAAACAAAAAAUCAAUUGAAGGUGCUCUA